CCGCCUUUUGUAAUUUUUUUAAUGGGGUCCCUUUGCCUGGUUUGUGCUGACCUAAUUAAAAAGCUGUUGUGAGCAAUGCCUUGUGAUGGUCUAAUCCCAGCCCAGGGACUCUACAAAGCUUUUGGCGGGUUCCUCCUCCUUCCAUUCUGGCCCUGGUUGGUCCAACGCCGGCUGCCUCUGCCCAGUCUUUUCACGGCGCUGACAGUCCUCAGGGUUGCGCAUUGACUUGCCUAGGACCAUUCAUCUUCUCCGUGUUUUAAGGAGGAAAAGGCGAUAACUAUGACUUCCGUGACUGGCACAUUUAGGAUUGUUUCGGAAGAGGAGCAGGCUUUGCGUGCCAAACUCGAGCGCCUGACCACCAAGGACCAUGGACCCGUCUUUGGGAAAUGUGAUAAGAUUCCUGACCACACCAUACAAAAGGCUAAGGAUGAACUCAACGAGACCCCAGAGAAGCGUGAGUUGGCCAUCAAAGAACUGCAGGAUCUUAUACAAGAGAAAGCCAAAGGAGGUGAAGACAUCUGCAAAGCCGUGGCCGAAAAAGUGAAGGGGAAGGACAGUGCCUUCUUUCUGCGUUUCAUCCGUGCCCGCAAGUUUGAUCUCAACAGGGCUUAUGAUCUGGUGAAAGGCUACGUCAACUUCCGCCAGCAAUACCCAGAGCUGUUUGAAAACCUGACUCCUGAGGCUGUGCGCAGCACCAUUGAGGCGGGUUACCCUGGCAUUCUGAGCAACCGGGACAAGUAUGGGCGGGUAGUGCUGCUGUUCAACAUCGAGAACUGGGAUUAUGAGGAGAUCACCUUUGAUGAGAUUCUUCGUGCCUAUUGCGUGAUCUUGGAAAGGCUGCUGGAGAAUGAGGAGACUCAAAUUAAUGGCUUCUGCAUCGUGGAAAACUUCAGAGGCUUCACCAUGCAGCAGGCCUCUGGCAUCAAACCAUCAGAACUGAAGAAAAUGGUGGACAUGCUGCAGGAUUCCUUUCCAGCUCGGUUCAAGGCUGUCUACUUCAUCCAUCAACCCUGGUACUUCACCACAACCUACAACGUGGUCAAGCCUUUCCUGAAGAACAAACUGCUGGAAAGGGUAUAUGUGCACGGUGAUGAACUCGAGUCCUUUUACCAUGAGAUUGACGCAGAUAUCCUGCCAGCAGAUUUUGGAGGUAACUUGCCCAAAUAUGACGGAAAAGCUACCGCUGAGCUGCUUUUUGGACCCAGAGUUGAUGCCGAAGACACCGCUCUCUAAGUCAACAAACAACGUCAUUUUAAAAACCCAGCAGCACCUUUGCCUAGAAGAUAGAAUGAGUGAUGGUCAACUAUCCCAACCAUCUUUUAAAAUACGUAGCAUCCUUGAUCAUAAACGUCGGGCAUGGGUCUCGAAAUGCCUGUUAACGCUUUCCGAGUUAUAGACGGUGGAACGUAGACAAACCUUGGUGACUCCAACUCUAUCUUUUGAUCUCAUCCUCCCCCCUUGCCCUCCCCUUCCAAUACGGAUGCACGCAAGAGGAAAACGAGGAAGUAGAAGAGGAGGAGAACAAUGUUGCUGGGUGGCCAUCGGAAGUGGCAGGAUUGGUCCAUCAUGAAGCAAGCACUCAAUCGGUGCAAUAACUGGGAAGUGCCUUCAGAGAUUUACGGGUUUGCACAGUAGGGCAGUAGUGGAGUGCACACACACCCACCAACACACACACAUAUAUAUACAUAUAUGUAUCAGGGCCUCACCAGUGACGUUGGGCUGGUUGCCUAAGGAAGAAGGAAAACGACCACUGGUAUUCUCAGCUCCUAUCAUUCCAGAAGCUUUCGAUCCACUAUAAAAACGAUUUCCAAUAUAAAUACUGUGAAAUAAAACAUCCGUUCCAGAACAAAA